AUUUUCAAGCAAAGUUAACAUUUUGCGAAUCGCACAUGAAACUAGAAAGACAUACGUUGAUUUACUUUAUUGCCUUAUUUUAAAUAACAUUUUUACAUUAUUAUAGCUGCGUUUUUACCCAUUAAAAUACGUUCAAUUACUAGUUUUUGUAAAACAUAUAUUAUAGUAACCGAGCACAUUGGUGAAAAUGGUUGUAGUUUCUUCGACAUUUGCUGCGCCGGUCGAAGGUGUGUUAUUUCAGAGUCCAUCCACUAAGUUACUCGUCAACGACCAGGAAUUAGGCACCGCCACUUUAUAUAUCACUGAAAAUAAUGUUGUUUGGGGCGGUGGCGUCAGUACUUCUGGAGUUGCAGCGCCUACCAUAUCGCUCCUGUAUCCUAGUAUAUCACUGCACGCGGUCCAGAGGGAACCGUCGCCGGCCUUGUAUAUGGUUCUAAAUUACGAACUAAGACUUCCAGAAUUAAUCCAGCAAGGUAGUGGUGAUGCUCCGAGUAAUGAAGACGAUGAUGAUGAUGAUGAGUUUGAUGCUGACGAUCAACCCAUCACACAGUUGAGAUUCAUACCGCAGAAUGAGGCAGAUUUAAAUCCAAUGUACUCAGCCAUGAUACAAGGACAGGCUCUACACCCCGACCCGGCUGACGAGGUGGACGAAGACCCUUAUAUGGAUGGAGAGGAUUUUGAUGAUGAUGAAGAGUUUGAAGAUGCUGAAGAGAGUGGACCUCAGGAGGCCAUGGAUGGUCUGAGGAAGAUGGGACUCGGGAACAGUAACGGCACACAUUUUGAAGACUGCGAAGAUGCUGGUGAGGAAUGAAACACCAGGUAUACAAGUUGCUCACCGCAUCUCAAAGACACCCGCACGGGGUCCAAUGUAUUAUUAAUUAUAAUUUGCUCAUAUCGAAACAUUUGUUUUAAUACAGCAAAAUCUAUAUGCAAUACGUUCACAUACGGAGCAAAGUGUCGUUGAGUUUAUCGAGUGAAAUUAGUUGUAACAUGUUCAUGUGUUCAGUGUUGAUAAAAUACAACUCCUUUAAACAUAUAAAAUACGCUUAUAACUAGUGUUUGUUUUCAUAAUAAUGAAUCUCACUCAAACUCAAGUGUUGCACUAUAUACAGAUCGGUCAACACGAGUUGUACACUCACCGAGAUGAACUUUACAGUCACAACAAAGACAUUUAAAUGUAAGUGUGGUGACAACACUAGUCUCGAUUGAUUAAUGCCAAUUAAUGUAAAAAUAAUAAGUAAUUAAUUAAUGUUACAUAUUUUGUAUUCUUUGUAUAAAAAAAGGCAACACUUCCGUUAGUUUUAGCUCACUAUUUGAUACAUUGAUUUCAGUUUGUUCACAAGCUCAAUUUAUUUUGUAUAAAAAAAAUAUAUUAUUUACCUCCAUUCCAAUAGUGUUGUGUUGUGAGAUUUAAAUUCAAGUGUCUGCAAGCGACUAAAUAAAAAAAAAAAAAGUAAAUAAAUGUAUAUGUUUUAUUUGUAAUCAAAAUAUUGUUUACUGUUACUAUAAUAAAAGCGAAUACUGUA